AGUUAAUUUUCGUCUCUGUUAUUUCUUAACGUUCUGCAACACUUUUGUUGUUGCGUUCGUGCGAGUUGACGAGAUGAUGAACGCGGAACACUGUUGUUGGACGCGCGGCAACUUCUACGCAUUUGUAGUGACACUGUCGUCUAAUAGCCUUUAGCUUCUUCUUCUUUUUUUUCUGUCAGUAUGUCCUUUUUAACUGGACAGUGCACAAGCUUUUUAACUUUCGUUUACAACCGUAUUUGCUCCCCCGCAUACACACACGCACACACGGGCGUCAUCUUGACCUCUGAAUUCGUGUCUUUUAUUUUCUUCUCACUGUUUCCUUCGCGAGUUUAUCGAAUUGCCUCCAUGAAAGGCAGUAUGCGCAUUUCCGUGGAUCUAUCUGUUGCCGCACGCAGUUCAGUAGUUCGUACUUUUAUAUGUUAGUGCUGUUCAACGUCUGCAGCGGUGCGCCCGAACGGAAAGUGGCGACUCCGAGCGCUACCAGUUUCCACUUUAGCUCUUUUUCUCUCUUUUUCUCUCCUUUUUACUUACUCUGGAGAGGUGUCAGUUCGAUUCUUGUUGCAUUCAAUCUUUUUUUCCCUUUGAAGUGGCCAAGGCACCUUUUUUUUUUCUCUUCUCCUCUCUUUAUAGUUAAGGUUUUUUUAGUGUUGCAUAGAGCUCAAUCACGUUCACACACUACGUACAAGGCUGCGUUCCUUGCUUCCUUUGCUAUCUUUUUGUUUUUAGUUCUCCCUUCUUUCCUUCUUCAAUUUCUUUAUUGUUCAUAAUUGCCUUGUUUGUGUACCAUUACAUGCGUAUUCGUUGUCGAUUCUCUUCUCUUUCUCUCGUUCUCUUCUAGUCGAUGUACCUACUAGCAAGUUUGUUUCGCAGACGACUGCGCAACGAAGAAGUUCUUCUUCCGCGCCAUCGUUAAACGAUGGAUUGUCUUUGUGCGAAUCCACCGCCGUGUGACACGUGCCAGAUCAAAAGAAGCAGUAGUACUAGAGUAGCGAAAACAACGCAUAGGUGACGUUUUCACUUAUCCUACUUUUGUUUUGGGUAUUUCUGCAGGGCUUGUUUGCGUUGUCACAUAGCCGGAGUUUCUUUUGUGUUUGCCUUCCCCCGCUGUGCAAGACCGUUUUCCUUUGUCUUCUGAAAGAAAAGAAAAAAAUAGUUCUCAAUUCGCGUUCGACAGCAAAACGGUUCCAUCGUGUUCGGCUCUACGAAUGCUGGUUGAUUUUCUUUGUGUGUGUGUGUGUGUUUGCGUUUUUGUUUUUCACGCUUCUGUCCCUCGGUUUGCUACCGUAGAUCCUUUGUGGUUUUCGUCUCUUUCCAUGCAUUCGGUUCUUCUUCAAAAAGGUAGCUCACAGCUAUGGACAUUAAUGCAUGGAGACAAAGUUGCACGCGUCUUGAAAGGCCGAAAAUUUUUUUUGUUGUUGUUUAGCUUGGUUGAUGCCGUUUACUUCUGCGUUUUGCGGCUUCGUUGCUCCGCAAAGAAAUGGGAAGCGUUAUAGCUUAUUAUUAUUAUUAUCAUCCCUUUGUGUGUGUGCUUGUAGAACUCAACUUAAGCGUGUUUCUCUCUCCCUCUCUUCGUAUAAACACGAAAAAUUGAUGGUCUGAAACGCCAAAGAAAAGCUCUAUUUUCCUCUUUAAAAAGUUUCCUUUUGUGUGGUGGUGUUUUGAAAGGUGACGAGUGGUUUUAAAUGCUUUUUUUUUACUUCUAUGUUAGUACUAGUAUUAUUUGCUGGAAGAACGUGUUCUCUACUUGAUCUUUUUUUUCCCCAAUUGCGAUGGUUCACUUCGUAUCUGUUUGAAAAGCGUUUCUCGUUUUAGUUUUUUUUUUCGCGUGUGUUUGUGUGCUUGCUAUCAAAAGGUGUAAAUAAAUAUAUGUAUAUAUGUACAUAUAGAGGUACAAUAACUGCUCUGCUCGCUUGACGACUCUCUCCGAGUUUCUAAUCGUGACGAUCGUAGCGUGAAGUCGGUCUCCGGUUGGUGCGGAGAUGGGUGGUGCACGUCUUUGCGUAUAUCCAUACAUUAACCCGAGACGGCCAGAACACAUUCUGCACACUGGCGCACGCUUCAUUUCAGAUUGCGCAUCCCAUCCGUCGGAGAUAAACGGCGCAGUUCAGAAAAUCGUGUGUGCGUAACCGUCAAAUAACUUCCUUCAGUCGGGGGGAGGGACGGGGCCAAAAGGCAGGUGCGAUCUCUGUCUGCGUUCUCUACCUCUCGUUUCAGUUCCACCUUCUUCCUUCUCUGUAUCCAUUUGUAUCUCUUCCACCGUGCGCGCGGACAUUCUUUCCUGAGAUGUUAAAAAGAGUUAAUUUGCUCUCUCUCUCCUCGUGAACGGCUGUCCACAUUGUUUCGCGUGUGAUCGGCGAUUUCAACUGAGUGGGCGUAUGUACAUGUACUUGCUGUAAAACUCUUCUGCUUUCUCUUGUUUUUCAUUACAUUGUCUCCGGCGCAGAAGACACAUUUGGGCCCGCCUUCUUCCGAGCCGUACGCACCGCUGUACACAGCUCUGCAACUUUGCUAGUGUACAUCCCGCUGGUCAGAAAACAGGUCAAGUCAACCGGACAGUUACUUUCCCUUUUCUCCCCUUCUUAGAGUUUUUGGUUUUCAACUCCUCCACAAAGAAAAAGGUCCAUUUGGGUUUUGCGCUAUCAAAUUUCGCUGCGUGCAGCACCGGCUGACUUCAUUGCGACCCGCCCGACGAAAUGGUCUUCUCCAUCCCGUCGUACCUUGGCGUUGGGGACAGGUACAAGCGGCCAAUCGACGCGAGAGCCCAGGGCGCCACUUUCCUCGUCUCGCGCCCCAAGACCGGCACCAACCCCGAUGCCCUCAUUGACAAAGAGUUCCACUACCUGUGGAACGGUGAACGCGGUGGCGACGCAGAGACGCUGCGGCAGCGCGAGUUGCACGAGAGCAACAAGAAGAACCUGACGCCUAACGGCUUCGUCUUCACCGGGCCAUCGCCGCAACCGGCGGGGCUCGGCUCCUACUUUGGAUGCUUCCAGUCGACGCCGUACCAGCACAUGCCGGAGCACCCGGAGAGGCAUGACCAGGCGGUAGCGCACCCACAGCCGGCACCGCGUGGCUUCUUCACGUCGCCUGCGCCGAAAGGCUCUGGCUACGGCUACGCCAACGUCACCAUCUCCAAUUUGGGCAACGACUACAUCGCCACCAUCUACGAUCAGCCGCGCAUCAACGAGCGAAUGGAGCGGGAGGCCUGGAAGCGGAAGAUGCCCGCAGAGCCGUUCCGACCGGGGGGUCGUGAGGGCUACACCUUCGACGAAAGCACCGCCACAGGGACGUCUCGGUGCUACAUAAUGACGGUGCCGUUCCAGGAGAAGCGCCCCCAGCCGGCCUUUGCACACUUCCGUAUUGAUCAGCCAUGGAGACCUGGCGGCUACGUGGAGGACAAGCCGACGGCGAUGGAGUAUUGGGAGGACCCGUACCGCGGCUACGACCCACGCAAGGAGCCGAAGGAAUACGUGAAAAAGCCGUCCAACGCCGUCUUCUUACCCAGCUCGCGCAACGACGGCUUCUGGUACACGCAGAGUGUUGUGUUCAAGCGCAUCUAA